CGUCCGUUUCCAGAGAAGCCGCGGGCCGGUUACUAGCAACGCUUGGUUCAUCCGCCGCGCGGCUGUGGCCACCGCCGCCCGUUCUGGUGACUCCUCGGCUUCUUGCCUCGCGCGCCCUGUCCUCUCUCCUGGCCUUCUGCUCGUCCGUCUGCACUCCCUGCCUGCCGAGGCGACCCAGGGCCGGACAGGAUCUCGGAGGACGCUCCGGUCACUGCAGCUUUCAGCAUCCGUGGAAAAGUUGCUGAAGCACCUAGAAGAGAGCUACUGAGUUGAUGGAGAUGCCCACUAGUGAUGGAAGUCGCUCAGAGGGAACCUUUUCGUAUCUCACACCAGAGAGAGGACGCGUCCUACAGUGUGCUAGUGGGAGCCACCUCAGCAGCCUCAAGCAAGACAUUGUAAAUGAAAAGUCGGAGCUGGAGGCAACGCUUAAGGAAGCCGAGUCGGCAUCCUGUUCAGUCGAAUUACUUUUGCCGUUAUUCAAGAACACUGUGGAAGGAAUUCGUUUGGAAAAUGUUAAUCUUUCUGCAUCCAGUUUGAAGAAGAUUUUGGAACAGCAGGAAAUAUUAGCAAAAGAACUAGACACUUUUAACCGUGUGAAAUUAGCCUUAGAACAACUUCUCAAACAGACGCACUACGAACAAACAGAAGAGAGCCCGCCCAGCUUGUUGAAGGACCUCAGUGACAAGGAGAGUGACAGCACCAGUCUUAAGAAGAAGGUGCUUGAAAAAGACACCUAUAUCCAAGAGCUUUCAUGUCUGUUUCAGAAUGAAAAGGAAAGCGCUUUGAAAGCAAACCGGUUUUCUCAGUCAGUCAAAGUGGUGCAUGAUCGUCUACACCUCCAAAUUCAGAAAAGGGAGGCUGAGAACGAGAAGUUAAAAGAGCACGUAAAGAGCUUGGAAGCCCAAAUAGCUAAGUGGAACUUGCAGGUGAAAAUGAAUAAGCAGGAGGCUGUAGCCAUCAAAGAAGCAAGUCGGCAGAAAGCUGCGGCUCUGCAAAAAGCUUCGAAAAUUUACAGACAACGGCUAAAGCACUUUACAGGGGACAUUGAAUUCCUCACUUCCCAGAUCAGAGAUCAGGAAGCCAAGUUGUCUGAAACGGUUUCAGCUUCCAAUGCCUGGAAGAGUCAUUAUGAGAAAAUUGUAAUAGAAAAAACUGAGCUGGAAGUUCAGAUCGAAACAAUGAAAAAGCAAAUCAUUAAUCUUCUGGAAGAUCUAAAGAAAAUGGAAACUCAUGGAAAGAAAUCAUGUGAAGAAAUUCUUAGAAAACUUCACUCACUUGAAGAUGAAAAUGAAGCCCUAAAUAUUGAGAAUGUGAAAUUAAAGAGUACACUUGAUGCUUUGAAGGAUGAAGUUGUUUCUGUUGAAAAUGAACUUGUGGAAUUGCAGGAAGUAGAAAAACAACAGAAAACUCUUAUUGACGUCUAUAAAACUCAGGUACAAAAGUUGCAAGAAGCGGCUAAAAUGGUAAAAAGCAGAUGUAAAAAUUUGCUACAUGAGAAUAACCUAAUAAUAAAAAACAAGAACAAGAAGUUAGAGAAGAUGAGAGGCCAGGUGGAGUCUCACCUGAAGCAGGUAGAGCGAGCCCGCCACUCCUUCACGUCAGCCGAGCAGAGACUUCAGGAGUGUCAGGAGAAGCUGCAGCGCUGCAAGGAGAAGUGUGCAGAGCAGGCGCACACCGUUAGGGAGCUCCAGGGCCAGGUUGAUGGGAACCAUAGCCUUCUAACCAAGCUUUCUCUUGAGGAGGAGAAUUAUCUCAUUCAGUUAAAGUGUGAGAACCUGAAAGAAAAGUUAGAGCAAAUGGAUGCAGAGAAUAAAGAGCUGGAGAAGAAGCUGGCCGACCAGGAGGAGUAUCUGAAGCGCAGCGACCUGGAGCUGAGAGAGAAGGCCGCAGAGUAUGCAGUGCUGUCCAGGCAGCUGGAAGCCGCUUUGGAAGAGGGGAGACAAAAGGUUUCUGAAGAAGUAGAGAAAAUGUCAUCUAGAGAGAGGGCUUUACAAAUUAAAAUAUUAGAUCUGGAAACGGAGCUUAGAAAGAAAAACGAAGAACAAAGUCAACUUGUUGGCAAAAUGAACAGUAAAGCCCAGCACCAAGAUAUUUGUUUGAAAGAAAUACAGCACAGUCUUGAGAAGUCGGAAAAUCAAAAUGAGAGCAUUAAGAAUUACCUGCAGUUUCUUCAGAUUUCCUAUGUAACGAUGUUUAGAUAAGUUGUUGAAUUCAUGACUGCUGAUUGUCAUACUUUAUGGUUUAUAGGUUACCAGUGUUAGGGUUUGUAUGUGAAGAUAUUUGAGACAUAAUUUAUUAUCUGAUUGAAACUUUAAGAAAUGAUAACUCUUAGUAUUCCUUUGUGGUAGAUAAUUUGCAUUAACUCUGGUUUAAUUCUUUUUUAAAGAAAUUAAUUUUUAAAGUAUUUUUAUCUCUAUAUGCAAGAAUCAGAAUUAUUCUUAUGAACCAUUGAAAUAAAUUUGUAAUAAUCUAGGCCAAUUAUGAGCCAAAUACAUGGUUUUAAAUAAUGUGUUUGCUUGUUUUAUAUUGUAAUGCUAUAUAAAUAUUCAGAAAUUUAAUUUUAAUAAUGAUAUAACAUGUUCUAAAGAUAGAAAAUGUCUUACUGUACUUAAUAUUGCUCCAAGUAUAUGUUGAGUUCCCAUCAUCGUUUCUAUGAGACUUUAUACAUAAACUAUUAAAUCAUAACUAUUCAGUGCCAGUUGAUGGUAGCAGAACAAAA